AUGGACUUCACGUCACCGCGAAGAGUCUCCGUAGUGUCUGAGGCUCCGCAUCAUCCCGCCCCGACACGGCCCUACCAGAAGCCGAACCGGCUCAAUGUCGCGUGCACACAGUGCCGCCGGCGCAAAGUCCGCUGUGACGCCUCGCUGCCGAGAUGUCGACACUGCCGCCUCCGUGGAGAGAAGUGCGAGACACUCGAUCUGCGCGAGGCCACCAGGGGACUCACGAAUGACCAAGCUGCCGUGGUCGGCGAUAUAUCAGGUGACGGCUGCUCAGUACUUGCUGUGGUCACGGAUGGCCAGCCGCACCUGCGAUCGCGAAUACGUCAACGCUCGAGAUCGAACCGAGCUUCAAGCCAGGUAGCCGACCGAACAACACAGAACCGACCACUACCAGCUACCGAGAUGUUAGACAGUCAUGCCCGCAGAGAGUCGCCACCGGUAGAAGAUGUCUCCUGGGUGUCUCGGGCAUACCAGGCCAGCGCGGUCGAAAACCACCACGGCCAGAACAUCACCAACCACCACGAGGACGACGGCCCCACGGAAAAUGCCAACGGCAACAGCGUCACGAAUGCCGACGCAGCAGCAGCGACAACCACCACCCCGGACGUGGUGCUCAACACGGACGAGACGUCGUCGCGCACAAAGUUCCUCGGCGGGAGCAGUGUGCAGAGCUUGUGCAGCUUCGUGGACCUGCACCUCGCGGCGAUCGGGCUGGAGCCGAUCGGGGCGUGCUUCAACGACGGGAUGCGGCACAGCGAGGAGUUCCCCGUGCCGCUCUUCCUCCUGGGCGGUGCUGCUACAUCCGGCAUUACAUCUUCUUCUCUCCCGCCCCUGCCCCCACGCGGCGAGAUGGCCUUGUACACCAGCAUCUUCCUCAAGCGCCUGUGGCCGCUCAUUCCCGUGGUCGACCCGGCGUCCCUGGAAGCAGAUAUAAACACCUUCCUCGCCAUCCAGGAAGCGCAGGGAGGUGCGGCGGAGGCAGGCAUCCUCGCACACCUUGCCGCCGCACCCGCGCAGGUGGCGCCCGCCCUGGUCAUGGCGUACUCGGUCGUGUGCAUCGGCCACGAUGAGCUGCACGGCGGCGGCGGCGGCGUGGUGAUGGGGGCGACGACGACGGCCCAGAGCAGCAGCACGCGGUACCUCGGCGCCGCAUACGCACUGUACGCGCAGCUGGUGGGUUCGCCCUACGUGGCGAGCGUGCAGGCGCUUGUGCUGCUGGCUCUGGCGCUUCGGGGGCAGGUCAAGGAGGGCCAGGCGUGGCAGGUCCUGGGGCAGGCAGUGAGGAUCGCGCACUCGAUCGGGCUGCACAAGCGUGCCGAAGGGUUGCUGCUUGCGAGAAACAGGGAUGGGGGCGAGAGCAGGACCGGCGGCCGCGAGCAGGCCAAGAGCGCUCGCCGUCGUGGGGGAUCCGACGAGAACAUGACCGCGGGCCCGCCGGACAGCGUGGUCCUCCAAAGCAGGAUAUGGUGGUCGUGCUGUGCGCUCGAGCGGGUGAUGCAGCUCGAGAGCGGGCGGCCUUCUCAGCUGGGGGACACCGGCGACUGUUGCCUCCCCGGCUCGCUGGCGGUGAUGGCAAGUCUCGUGGGCGGGUUCUUCGCAUCGUGGUACGGGCUGACGGUCAUUAUGGGCCGCAUUGCGCAGGAGGUGUACGUCAAGAAACCUGCCACGCUGCUCGACCUGCUGCAGAAAGUCCAAGAGCUAGAUGGCACAUUGCUGCGCUGGGAAGCGUCGAGAUACCGCGAACGCGGCAAUGACUGCAGCCUGGAAAAUGAUGAUGAUGAUGAUGGUUAUCUGAGUAGCGUUUUGCUGCUACAGUACAACUUUGCACACAUCACACUGCUCCGGAUAUCGAUCAUGUUCCCGCCCAAGGUCUACCACGCGGAACUCUGCAAGUACCAGAGCCAGCUCACAUCCCACAACCGCCUGCGGAACGGCUCGCACUUCUGCAGCACGGCGGCCCGCGCGACCAUCACCGAGGCGCUACACCACGCGGACCACCGAAACACCACCAGCACAUCUUCUUCUCCGCUCUGCGCUGGCGGCUCCGCCGUCUGGCUGACCACAUCGCCGCUGUUUCUGUCUAUCAUCGUCCUUGCGCUCGGCAUCCUGCAGCAGCCGCAGCGCCGCAUGGCCAGCGCGGAUCUGGAGAUGCUGUCCCUCGGGACCGAGCUGUUCGAGACGACCCUGUCCCGUUGGAUGGGCAAUGUUGGCAGUGCCAGUAGUUGUGAUGGUGGUGACAGCGGGGCAAGGCCGGGUUUCUCGAGCAUCGGCAGGACUCUACACGCGAGAGUGGCGCUGUACUAUAAGCUGUUCCAGGAACGGAAUCUGGGAAAGACGAUGACGACGACGACGACCACCAGCGGCAUCGUGACCGAGAACACGGUCGCCAUUCCGGGCGUGCCCGCGCUUGCCGACACUACUCACGACGGGGUUUCGUCUCUCAUGCUGCUCGCAGACCUGUCGUCCUCGUCGUCGUCGGUACGAAACAGACGGCUGGAGCACCAGCAGCAGCACCUUCAUCACCAUCAUCAUCAGCAUGGGGGCUCGAUACGAGCCGAGCAAGCCAGGAACAACAACAACAACACCCUUGUCAGCGACAGCGCUUACACCUCAGCUCCUCAAGCCAGCGGCGCCCUGUCGACUCUGGGCGAGGUCACCAGCAUGACGACGACGACCCCUGCCGGCCAGCUGCAGCAGGCGCAGGUUGUCCACCAAGCAUCGACAGCCUGGCACUCCGCGACCACCACCACACCAUUUCAGGGCCUUGACUUUAACGACGUGUGGGACAUGCUUGGCUCGGAUUUACUCCUGGAUGAGCAUAGCAUCUCGUUUGCUUGAUGGGGAAUCUAUUUGGCAGCUUUUUUUCCCAACAAAUGAAGCGUUUCCAGUGCGCCCUCCCUAUUUGUCAACUGUAAAUCACGGGGAAGGGUAAAACCAUUCCCAAUUC